GUGUGUAGCUAUGACGAUAUUUUCUUACCGCAACGUUCUGAUGUCCGUUUUGUAUAGAAAUCUAUAAUUUGUCAUUAUCCUAUGACACUUAAAAAAAAAAAAAGAUAUUUACGAUCACGUAUACUCACGAGACCGACUGAGAUACGUUUAUUGAUAUUGAGGUUGUUUACUUUAAUUUUCUCAAUUCAUAUAAAAUAUUUCUUUAAUUCUACGCACGCGCACGUAACACGCACGUCUUCCCGCUGUCAUACGAUGUUUACAAAUGGUCACAAGAGAUUUACAAGUGUCAUCGACAUUUAUCAAGUUGUAAAAUUGUUAGAUUGACAUAUUACAAUUAUUAUAAUGACCGAGGGACAGUCCUUGUUGUUGCACAACGCAGUUGUUUCACAGAUACCUGAUACCGCGUGUUACAUACCGAAUUUUAUUACUGAAGAAGAAGAAAAGCAGAUUAUAAAGCACGUAAAUAAUGUACCGCAACCAAAAUGGACACAACUGAGUCACCGCAGAUUGCAAAAUUGGGGUGGUAUACCCCAUCCCAAAGGGAUGAUAGCAGAAGAAAUUCCUACUUGGCUACAAAAAUAUAUUGAUAAAGUUAAAGCUUUGAAUGCCUUUGAAACUGGAGUGUUACCCAAUCAUGUUUUAAUUAAUGAAUAUUUACCUGGACAAGGAAUAAUGGCACAUUCAGAUGGCCCGCUCUUUUAUCCUGUUGUAACUACUAUAAGUUGCGGUUCUCACACAUUUCUUGAUUUUUAUAAAAAACUUGACUCCACUGAGCAACAACAAUCUAAAUUCGAAUUUAGUUUGUUACUAGAACCUAGAAGCCUAUUAGUCUUGCAAAAGGAUUUAUAUCACAACUAUUUGCACUCCAUAGCAGAAAGAGAUGUGGAUGAUGUAACAGAAUCUACGAUAAAAAAUUUGCAUAUGUGUGCGAACAAAUUUGUAGAAGGGCAAACGAUAAAACGCGAUGUCAGAUUAUCCUUGACUAUUAGACACGUACCAAAAACUAGCAAAUUAAAGUUAAAAAUCUUUUAACACAUGUGUACAUUACUUGAAAGAAAGAGUUAUAAGAUUGUGUGAAAAAA